AUGACAGGCACAAUCAUCAUCACUGGAGCAAACGGCUCUCUUGCAAUCCCUGCUGUGCAUCAUCUUUUAACCAAAUACCCAGACUAUACCGCAGUUUUGACUGUUCGCCAGACAGAGGAUACAGAUCCCAAUACCAAGAAGCUACGCGAGACCAUUGCUAAGUUUCCCAAGGCUCAGACAUCCAUCCGCCAACUUGACCUGGCUAAUCUCACUGCUGUACACGAUUUUGCAAGCACAAUUGCUACUGAGAUUUCGGAAAAGAAGUUGCCGCAGCUUGCUAGCAUUGUCUGCAAUGCAUAUUACUGGAACUUGUCUAGCGAUCCCGAGUUCACGGCAGAAGGAGUCGAGAAGGCGAUCCAAGUGAACCACAUUUCCCAUGUUGCUCUAGUUCUUCGACUACUGGGUAGCUUCAGACCUGAAGGUGGCCGUAUUGUACUAUUCACUAGUAACGCCCAUUUCCCCGGCAAAAACGGCUUAGAGAAGUACCCGCCGGCUAUCCCGGACGAUUUGGAUUCUUUAUUGAAGGCUAAACCGGAUGCCGACAAGUUAGGACGAGGCAUGAAUAUAUACGGAAAUUCAAAGUUGGCCAUUCUCAUGUGGGGAUACGCGUUGAACAGGCAUCUCGAAAAGGAUGAGAAGCUGCGUAACAUCACAGCAAUAAUAAUUGAUCCCGGCAAUUUGACCGAUUCGCGCGCUUUACGCACGAACACACCUCUGUUCCUCCGCAUUGUUCAAAGAUUUGUGCUUCAGCCUUUGCGGCCACUCUUUAGUCUCACAGACCCAAGUUACCGUACAGCAGCAAAUGCAGGUAUAGAUGUGAUAGAUCUUGCUACGAACAAUGCCUUCCCAGGAGAGCGUGGUUAUCUCCUUACGUUGAAGAAAGAGCCCAGUUCCCCCGAUAGUUACAACGAGGAUAAGCAGGAGAAGCUGUGGGGUAAGAGCGCCGAGUGGGCAAAGGUUACUAAGGAGAAUACUGCUAUUGCAAGCAUUCUUUGA